AUGGAUUCCAGAGACACUCCCACUCCUUUGAUGGAGCUAGUAUCCGCUUUCGGAUACUCAGACCUAGAAAUCGUUGAACAAAGAAAAGAGUCGCUCGUGUCGGAUCUGAAGGAGAUCGAUUUCAACGCGGGCGACUUCUUGCACGAGAUCCAGUACGAUGACCUCAACUACUCCGACGUCGAAUACGACGUCGAUAUUGAUUUCGAGUGUUCAAGGUUGUCAAACACACCUGAAACAUCGCAGCAGAGAUGCGCUCCGGACGAAGAGGACAUGCCGGAGCUCACCAUCGACCCGUCAAAAGUCGAUCUCAGUGGCUCGAGCCACGCAAACAACUUCUCGCUAGCGUCCAUCUAUCAGCCUGUAUAUUCCAACCUAUUGCCUUCUUCACCAGUUGGUCUUGGCCGAUUUGACACGUCUUACUCUGCUUUCCCAGACGACUUCCUUACCGAGUCCCCGCCGGAGACACCCAUCUCCUACCGCGGCUCGCCUGCCAUGGACACUUCGCCUGUGGAGGCCAAAACAGAGUACCUGGACGCCAGUGACGACAAUUCGGCGUCGGCACUCCACUCUAAGUCCAGAAUCACGCUCAAAAUCCCUGUCAAGCUGCCUCAUCGCCCGCUCACCCAGCCGGGCGGCAAGCUUGUAUGCGAGGUGGAGAACUGCGGCAAGCAGUUCAAAAACCGUGCUCUUUUGUCACGUCACAUCAACUGUGUCCAUCUUCAUCUCGAGCGGUACGUAUGUGAGUUCUGCCACCGCAAGUUCACCAGGUCGGACCACAUGAAGAUCCAUGUUGGCAGAAUGCACCAGAACAAGAACGGCGACUCGAGAAAACGCAGCACGAGCAAGACUCGCCGCAAGAGAUAA